AUGACCUCUGUGUGCGCGGCCGGCAACCCCGACGCGAAGCGGCUGUACGACGACCUGCUGAGCAACUACAACAAGCUGGUGCGGCCCGUCGUCAACGUCAGCGACGCGCUCACCGUCAAGAUCAAGCUCAAGCUGUCCCAGCUCAUAGACGUGAAUCUGAAGAACCAGAUAAUGACGACGAACCUGUGGGUGGAGCAGUCCUGGUACGACUACAAGCUGCAGUGGGACCCGCGCGAGUACGGCGGCGUCGAGAUGUUGCACGUGCCUUCCGACCACAUCUGGCGGCCCGACAUCGUCCUCUACAACAACGCCGACGGCAACUUCGAGGUGACGCUGGCGACCAAGGCGACGCUGAACUACACGGGCCGCGUCGAGUGGAAGCCGCCCGCCAUCUACAAGUCGUCCUGCGAGAUCGACGUCGAGUACUUCCCGUUCGACGAGCAGACGUGCGUCAUGAAGUUCGGCUCCUGGACCUACGACGGCUUCCAGGUGGACCUGAGGCACAUCGACGAGGUGAAGGACUCGAAUGUGGUGGAGCUGGGAGUGGACCUGUCGGAGUUCUACACGUCCGUCGAGUGGGACAUCCUCGAGGUCCCAGCCGUCAGGAACGAGAAGUACUACACGUGCUGCGACGAGCCGUACCUGGACAUCACGUUCAACAUCACGAUGCGCCGCAAGACGCUGUUCUACACGGUCAACCUCAUCAUCCCGUGCAUGGGCAUCUCCUUCCUCACCGUGCUCGUCUUCUACCUGCCCUCCGACAGCGGGGAGAAGGUGUCGCUGUCCAUCUCGAUCCUGCUGUCGCUGACCGUCUUCUUCCUGCUGCUGGCCGAGAUCAUCCCGCCCACGUCGCUGGUGGUGCCGCUGCUGGGCAAGUUCGUGCUCUUCACCAUGAUCCUGGACACCUUCAGCAUCUGCGUCACGGUGGUGGUGCUGAACGUGCACUUCCGGUCGCCGCAGACGCACGUCAUGGCGCCGUGGGUGCGGCGCGUCUUCAUCCACAUCCUGCCGCGGCUGCUCGUCAUGCGCCGGCCGCAGUACCAGAUCGACAAGCGCAGCUUCGGGCUGGCGACGUCGGCGCACCGCGUCAUGGUGCGCACGUGCAACGGCCUGGAGCUGCGCGACUCUUCGCUGCUGUCGGCCGCCGCCGCCGCCGCCGCCGCCGACUCGUCGGCCUCAUUUCCAUCGAUGUCUUCUAGAUCCGUCUUGUCUCCCCGUCACCUACGCGCUGUCGACCUGGGGGGCUCGUGCCGGAUCCACGGGCCCGGGGGCGGAGUGCCGCCGCCGCCGCCGACCAACGGCUUCCCGGGGGCGGCGCGGCCCGCCUCCCUGCACUGGCACCGCUGCCCCGAGCUGCACAAGGCCAUCGACGGCGUGCGCUUCAUCGCCGACCACACCAAGCGCGAGGAGGACUCCACCAGGGUGAAGGAGGACUGGAAGUACGUGGCGAUGGUGCUGGACCGGCUGUUCCUGUGGAUCUUCACGCUGGCCGUGCUCGUGGGCACGGCUGGGAUCAUCCUGCAGGCGCCGACGCUCUACGACGACCGCGUCCCCAUCGACGUGCGCCUCUCCGAGAUCGCCACCACCACCGCCAAGCCGCACGUCGGCAGCGCCCUCUAGCCGGGACCGCUGGAGGAAACGUGGCAGCCAGAUCAGACAGUUCGGUGCCAGCAAGGCAGCGGGCACCGGCAGAGAGUGGGACACGCGGGGCGUGUUCUCCGGGAACCGAGCAGGCGGGCACGCGGUCGGGGUUGCAGACUUGUGACUUACCACCUGACCGAGCUCACAUGCAUAAUUAGUUGAUCCUGCACACAGAAUUUACCUAUACUAAGUACACCGUUAUCCUGCACCAAAAAAUUCUUCAUUAAAAAACAAUUCUGUAAACUCACUGUGCAUU